CCUGUCCUGUUAUGGUAUAUGGGUGUGAUUCAUGCGAAAAAUGUGAUUCAAGAUUUGUGGAAAUGAGAUUGAGGAAUUGAUCGCCUAAUAAAGUGAGAGCAAACCCCACCUACCCAGAAGGGGUCUCAUUCAAAGUUGGAAUUCUCCGCCAUUGUCAGCCCGCCCGCCAUUCACUGAUUCACACACUCAUUGCUGCUAAAUAAAUCCCUAGGUGAGGUGAGGCGAUUCAUCCUAAAAGAGCGCCAUGGCCAUGGAGGUCAGAGCCAGAGCGCCUGGGAAAAUCAUUCUCGCCGGCGAGCACGCCGUUGUUCACGGAUCCACCGCCGUCGCCGCCGCCCUCGAUCUCUACACUUAUGUUUCCCUUCGCUUCCCCACUCCCCACGAUAACAACGAUGCACUAAAACUCCAGCUCAAGGAUGUGGACUUGGAAUUUUCUUGGCCAGUUGGAAAGCUUAAGGAAGUUCUGCCUGAACUGGGCAUCAAGUCUGCUUCCUCACCUUCAUCGUGUUCAUUAGAGACCUCAAAAGCAAUUGCUUCAUUAGUUGAAGAACUAAAUUUAGCAGAUGCUAAGCUUGGACUUGCUUCAGGAAUUUCAGCUUUCCUUUGGCUAUAUACAUCAAUUCAUGGCGAUAAGCCAGCUAAAGUUGCUGUGACUUCUGAGCUACCAUUAGGUUCUGGCUUGGGUUCAUCUGCUGCCCUUUGUGUUGCACUGUCUGCUGCCCUCCUUUCACUAUCUGAUUCUUCAAAACUUGAUUUUAGCCAUCAAGGUUGGCAAACAUUUGGGGAGAGUGAACUAGAUCUGGUAAACAAAUGGGCAUUUGAAGGUGAAAAGAUGAUCCAUGGGAGGCCAUCUGGUAUAGACAAUACAGUAAGCACCUUUGGGAACAUAGUAAAAUUUAGGUCUGGCGAACUCACACAUAUCAAAACAAAUAUGCCUUUGAAGAUGCUCGUUACUAACACGAAAGUUGGAAGAAAUACAAGAGCAUUGGUGGCUGGUGUGUCAGAAAGGGCAGCUAGGCAUGGUAGUGCCAUGACCUCUGUUUUUAAAGCUGUUGAUUCGAUCAGCAAUGAGGUGGUUGGCAUCAUCCAGUCACCAGUUUCUGAUGAUCUUGCUAUAACUGAGAAAGAGGAAAAACUAGGGGAACUGAUGGAGAUGAAUCAGGGAUUACUCCAGUGCAUGGGGGUCAGCCAUAGCACCAUUGAAACUGUGAUCAAAACUACGUUAAAGUACAAGCUAGCCACUAAACUAACCGGAGCUGGUGGAGGAGGCUGUGUUCUCACACUACUACCUACCCUAUUAGCAGCAACGGUGGUUGACAAAGUAAUUAGAGAGCUAGAAGAUUGUGGGUUCAAAUGUCUGAUCGCAGGGAUUGGUGGAAGAGGAAUGGAGAUUUGCUUUAGUGGGUUCUCCUCUUAACAAACAGACCAGAAUCAACACCCAAAAGUAUGAUCUGUACCUUAAUCUUCAAAUAAUGAUUUGCAGAUCCAAUCAUUAUAUCAUCUUGUUUCUGUGUCUGUGCGUUUAACUUUUUCAUGCUAGUCACUUUUUUCUUGUACGAACUGUUAAACUGUUGUUGCAUUCUAUAUUUGGCACCUGUACCACUCGAAAGAAUCAUGAAUGACUUGGGUACCUAAUUUAUUGACUUUUUAACAUCUAA